GGAAUUUAUGGAAGAGUUUAUUAGUGUGGUCAGAACUAUGGGUGAGAAUUGUGAAAAAUUGUGUGAAAUGAUAAAGCAUGCUGGACAGCUUUUCCCAAAUAAUCUUCUUUACAAAAUAGUGGGAGAUUAUAUGCAAAAGAAAUUAUUUGGAACAGAUUCUUUCUUGAAUGCUUUAGAUAAGGUUGAAAAGGAGUAUUUGGAGAAAGUACAAGCUGAAAAGAAAGCAAGAUAAAAAGAAGAGGCAAAGGGGAAGAAGAAAGUAAGAGAGUCAUUCGAUCCACAAAAUGCUUGGAAUUUAGGGAUCGACAAAGAACAAACUCCUAGUCCAAUGGUUCAUCCAACUGAGACACAAAUUGGACAAAACAUUGAUUUGAACCUCGGGCUAGGUAUGGGAGGGUCAAGUAGUGCAUGUGUGAUGCAGGAGCAACCGGUGAUUGAAGCAUCGGAAUUUGAUCAUAUGUUCAGAACUCAAGACCUUACAUUUGAAGACAUUUUGAACAACCCAUUGAAUCCAGAAUUUCAAUAUGCAGGAUCUAAAGGAGAAUCGAAAAAUCCAGGAAAUGUGUCAAAGGAAAAAACGGCAAGUGAAAUUGAAAUUGGCAAACGACCUAUAAGACAAGUUCACAAUUUGCCUGCUUGUCUCAAAUCACCAUUCAUGGUAAAAUACAAAGAUUUAUUCAAGGAUGUGAAUGCAAUGAAUGCAACAAUUUCUGACUAUGCAUUCAAUGAUGGUCCUAACAAUGAGGUGAUGUACUUUGAUGGAGAAACUAGUAUUAACAGAUCUCAAAUGAAGACACUAGGCACAGAUGAAGAAAUUGACAAUUCCAUUAUUGAUGCUUGGGCUACAAUUUUAAAUUACAAGUGUCGAAAUAACAGCAUUUACUUUAGCACAAUUCCUUAUGUGAUAGUGUGCACAGACCACAUUGUUAAGAAAGAGGGUGACAUGAAAAAAGAAUUUCAAAAUUCAUUUCCAGACUUCAAAUUGAAAUGAAAAACAGCGGUAUCAAAAAAAUUAAAGAAGUCAAACAAUUCUUUUUCCCAGUGUCAGCAUUUAACCACUUCUACUUGGUUUGCUUCAACAUGUAUAAUGCCACUGUUGAUAUGAUUGAUAACAGAAAGCUUCCCAUGAAUAUGAAAUCAAAAGACAAAUACGGUAUCUCUCCCAUAAAAAUGCUUGAAGCUUUUAUAGGGUUUUUGAGAAGCGAAAAUUACAAUGAAAAACAACUGGAUGAAAUAAAAGCUUUCAAGCCUAACUUGAUAAAAAUGAAUUGGAGGAGCAAUUGGGACCAUAAGAAUUGUGGUGUUUAUUUGUUGAAGCAUAUGGAAACAUACACAUCAGAACCUUCAGUAGAAUGGGUUUGUGAUCUGAAAGCUGAUAAUAUUGAUCAAAUCAGAAAGCUAAGAGUGAAGUAUUGUGCUGAGAUAUUAUUAAGCAAUACCAACAGAGAAGCAUACAGAAUAAAGAUGGUUGCAAGACGAAGGAUGGAAGAAUCAAAUUAAUUUUUAUAGUUAAUAACUUUGCAAAGAAAACUUACUUUAAAAGUUGUGGAUUCCUUUUAUGACUUGAAACAUCAGUUUGCAUGAUAUUUUGCAUUUAAAUUUGAAA